UUGGGCCAAUUCAAGAUGGCGGUGCAGGAGUCAGCUGCUCAGCUCUCCAUGACCCUCAAGGUGCAGGAGUACCCGACCCUCAAGUGAGGCUGUGUGGGCCAUGCUGUGGAGCGUGCCUUUGGGGCCCCUACAGGAGGAGAGAGGUGCCCUAUGAGACCCUGAAUAAGCGCUUUCGGGCUGCUCAGAAAAACAUCGACCGCGAGACAAGCCAUGUCACUGUGGCAGUGGCUGAGCUCGAGAAGACCUUGAGCGGCUGCCCGGCCGUGGACUCUGUGGUCAGCCUGCUGGAUGGCGUGGUAGAGAAGCUCAGCGUCCUCAAGAGGAAGGCUGUGGAGUCCAUCCAGGCUGAGGAUGAGAGUGCCAAGCUGUGCAAGCGCAGGAUCGAGCACCUCAAGGAGCACAGCAGCGACCAGCCGGCGGCCGCCAGCCUGUGGAAGCGGAAGCGCAUGGACCGCAUGAUGGUGGAGCACCUGCUGCGCUGCGGCUACUACAACACGGCCGUGAAGCUGGCACGGCAGAGUGGCAUUGAGGAUCUGGUGAACAUUGAGAUGUUCCUGACGGCCAAGGAGGUGGAAGAGUCCCUGGAGCGGCGCGAGACGGCCACCUGCCUCGCCUGGUGCCACGACAACAAGUCCCGGCUCCGCAAGAUGAAGGGCCGCCAAGGCGAGCACGAGGCGAAGGCGGGACGAAAGAGCAGAGCGGCCAGUGGCUCCCCCAGAGAGAGUGAGGAUCUUGGUAUGGAGCCCCUAAAAGGAAGGCCCGAAUUGAGCUGCCUGGAGUUCAGCCUGAGGAUCCAGGAGUUCAUCGAGCUCGUCCGGCAGAACAAGAGGUUGGACGCUGUGAGACACGCCCGGAAGCACUUCAGUCAGGCUGAAGGGGGCCAGCUGGACGAGGUCCGCCAGGUCAUGGGCAUGCUGGCCUUCCCGUCCGACACGCACAUCUCCCCGUACAAGGACCUUCUGGACCCAGCCCGGUGGCGGAUGCUGAUCCAGCAGUUCCGCUACGACAACUACCGGCUGCACCAGCUUGGAAACAGCUCAGUCUUCACCCUCACGCUGCAGGCCGGCCUCUCGGCCAUCAAGACGCCACAGUGCUACAAGGAGGACGGCAGCUCCAAGAGCCCCGACUGCCCGGUGUGCAGCCGAUCCCUGAACAAGCUGGCGCAGCCCCUGCCCAUGGCCCACUGUGCCAACUCCCGCCUGGUCUGCAAGAUCUCAGGCGACGUGAUGAACGAGAACAACCCGCCCAUGAUGCUGCCCAAUGGAUACGUCUAUGGCUACAAUUCCCUGCUUUCUAUCCGCCAAGAUGAUAAGGUUGUUUGCCCGAGAACCAAAGAAGUCUUCCACUUCUCCCAGGCCGAGAAAGUGUACAUCAUGUAGGCUGUGUCGCCGAGCACACCGCGGCAGCCCCGGGCUGCCCGCCAGCACCACCUGCUGUGGCAUUACUGUUUCCUGCGACCAAAGAUCAGUGAGCAAUGAUAAACGUCCUAGGAAGAGAGGAAAUGUGGUUUAGUAAGUUUGUACUUGAAAGCAGCGUUUUGAUUGGUAAGAUUUUGUAACUUAAGUCAAGCGUUUGAAGCUUCUGAACAGCGCUUUCACCUUUCCAAGGAAACUUUUCUCUGAAGACUGACUUAAACACUGAGGGAAACUUUUAGAACAUUUCAAAACUAGGAAUCAAUUGUGUCUUGAGUUUUCCUCCUUUUUGCUAAUCAUGAGACUUGGGGACAAGGGGCUGGUCCUUCACCAGACCCACGGUGGCCCGGCUGGGAGCGCGGCACCGCGCUGGACUCGGCUUGUGGCAGGUGCCACGCACGCACUGCUGGCCACAGCCCGUCUGCCCCAUAGCACGUCUGUCUGCUGAGUUAGUCUGUGCAUAGGGUUCCGUAUCGCGUCGUCCGCACAGCCUUAUUUCUUGCUUUGAGAAUGUAUUCACGUGGAAACCCACUGGACGGCGUUUCUGCAGAGGCCUUGCCGGAUGGUUCCAUAAGUUUAGAGUCUAAAUACUAUUCAUUACAGAAACUAAGAGUUGAGUCGAAAUAACUACCGAUGACUUUUCCAAACAGAUGAACCGUUGUAGUUUACACAAAACCGAACUGUAGAGGUUUGUAUUCAGCGCUUAUUUUUGCAUGUUGAUGUUAAUUAGCUAAUAAACUGUAAGUGUAAAACAUGUUAAUAAAAUGGUUUUCUAUUUCUUA